AUGACCGCGAAAGCUUUGAUUUGCACCGAGGAUCGGAUACGUUACGUUCCACCCCGAUUGACAACUACAUAUGUGGAAGAAAUGGGAGGGAAAUUGGCGGGAAUAGAACUUUAUUCUCCCCACCGCCUCCCUUAUCCGAUAUCUCCAUCCGUGUCGAAUCGGCCUCAUUUCCUCUGCACUUUCUACUCCGUCGCAACAACGCAACGAGAUGCACACAAAGAUUGGUUGACUAAAGAUCCACAAUCGCUUGAGGGGCUCAUAGAUAUGUCGACUUUUGGAAGCUUGAAAAUGAGAAUACUAUGGGUCUUCAGUUAA